AGGCCCAUUGGCUCAAGGCCAAAAAGGGCCAGCAAUGAAGAAGCUUCUGCUCGCAUGGCUGACGCUGGGUCAGGCCCUGGCCAUCAGCAGAGAUGCUCAGAUCGCGGAACUGGCAGCUGACGACGAUGAUGAUGCUGGAGAUGCAAAUGAGGACCUGCUGGAUGUGGACGCGUCUUGGGAGACGACGCCAUUUCCGCCGCAGGUAUCACUGGCACAGCUAGCAGCGAGCACUGAGACAGUGACCAAGGGGAUCGAAGCCAAUGUGGGAAGACAAGGAGACGAUGACGAUGACGAUGACUCGGAUGCGGAGGUCGAACCGCUGGAGACACCGGUUUCGGUCCAACCGCCGAAGGUCUCCCUCGCGUCAGCGAACUCGACCUGGAAGGCUGGCAACGCCACAGGUGCAACCGGCAGAGGUGUUGCAGCACCUCCAACCAUGGUCUCCACCUCAACCGGCCCAAGAGUGGCUGAUCGUCUUCCGAGCCAGUUCGAUGCCAUCGCCUUCUUGGCCCAGAGUGAGGCUGCAGAGGAGGUGGCCACUUCUGCAGAGGCGGAGGUCCUGGAAGCCGAGGCCCAGGAGGCGCGCUCUCGGGCCUGGCUUUGGCGCGCCCAAGCGCGGCAGAAGCGAAGCUCCCAAGAGGACAUUGACACCGCCAACGCUGGGGUGCGUGCAGCGGAACAGUCGGUGGCGCAGAAAGCACGUGUGACACAGGAGCUGAGAGGGAAGGCUCAAGAGGCCCGGCAGGCUGUGAUCAAGGUCUCGGACCAGGUCGCGCCGGGCCUGGGCAUGAGCCAUUUGAUCAGCCACUUCGGCCCUGAGAACUGUGUGAGCACCUGGAGGGAUCCCACCAGUGGGAGCUGCUUCUUGCGCACCGAGUGUGCCGAGGUCUCCAACUUUGAGACCUUUGAAGUGGGCUUCUUCUGCGAAGGUGGCACGUCAGAGCUGCAAGAGCAUCGCUAUGAAAAGGGCGCCUUUAACCGGAAUGAGCUGCAGGACACUGCAGUGCACUGCCAACGGUGCCUCCCGCUCCAAGAGGAGCCUGCCACUGGAGCAGCGUUGGCACAGGAGGUGUCCCAGUUGCAGCAGUCCUUGUCCACCGUCUCUGGCACCAUCCGUCAGUUGGAGUCCACUGCGCUGCGUGGCGCCAACUGAUUCCGUCAUCCAAAAAAAAGCCGAGAGCGCCGAGAUGAAGCGCUUGGGGGCAUGGGG